UCGCGGAGCCCGCCCUGUCGGUCGUCGCCCGCCGUUCCAACCCAAAUCCUCCGCCCCGCGUCAGCUCCCUUGCUGACCACCCCCACCUCCUCCACCGCGCUCGCGUCGCCUCGAAGGAAUCGUGCGGCUCCAGCCCUUGCUAGCUCCUCCCCCCCCCUUCGGCUUCCUCCGCCUCCCGGGGGCCGCCAUGGCGGAGAUCGAGGUGGUGUCCGACGGCGCGAGGCGGGAGGAUGAGGACGAGGAGGCGGAGCGGCGGAGGCGGGGCGGGGCCGCGGUGGCGGAGCCGGACCCCGUGGUGGACGUGUACUCGGCGGCCGCGUACGGGGAUCUCGAGCGGCUGCGGGAAUUCGUGGAGCGCGGGGGCGCCGCCGCCGCGCUCCGGGAGCCCGACGGCAACGGCUACCACGCGCUCCAGUGGGCCGCGCUCAACAACUACCCCCACGUCGCGCUCUACAUCCUCGAGCACGGGGCCGACGUGAACGCGGCGGACCACGCGCAGCAGACGGCGCUGCACUGGGCGGCGGUGCGUGGGGCGACGUCCGUGGCCGACGUGCUCGUGGAGCACGGCGCCAGGGUCGAGGCCGCCGACGUCAACGGCUACCGGGCAGUCCAUGUUGCAGCUCAGUAUGGCCAGACGUCAUUCUUGUAUAACAUUAUCUCAAAGUAUGGUGCAGAUUUUGAUGCUUUGGACAAUGAUGGGAGGAGCGCAUUGCAUUGGGCUGCCUACAAGGGGAAUGCAGAUACAAUCAGAUUACUUCUGUUUGUGGAUGCUAAUCAAGUAAGGCAAGACAAAAACGGUUGUACCCCUUUACACUGGGCUGCUAUAAGAGGAAAUUUGGAGGUUUGCACGGUUCUUGUACAUGCUGGUACGAAGGAAGAACUCGCACUAAAGGAUAGUGGUGGGCUAACUCCUGUUCAACUUGCGGCAGAAAAAGGUCAUCGGCAUCUUUCCAAUAUCCUUUCUAAUGCUACAAAAGUAAGCUUUGAAGACAAGUACUUCCCUGGGAGAUCGAGGAAAAUUGGAUAUGCCCCUUUCUUGUUUGCUUAUCUUGUCAUCUGCCUCAUCCUUUUCCUGAACUCGAUUGUAUUUGCACCUAAUUUUUCUAGGAUUACUGCUACUGCUGGUCUUUGGUCUUGGGCUGCUGUGUCACUUUUCUUUGCUUCACAAGUACAGUUCUACAGAGUUAGCAGAAAAAAUCCUGGCUAUAUCAAGGAAAAUACCAAGCAACUUGAUCCGAAGGAACCACUUAUGGGGAUUGAUCUUCUCAAUUCCUCUACUUGGACAGGCAAUUGGUCUCAGCUAUGCCCUACUUGUAAGAUAAUUCGCCCUAUGCGGUCCAAACAUUGUCCAACUUGUAAGCAUUGUGUCGAGCAGUUUGAUCAUCACUGCCCGUGGAUAUCAAACUGUGUUGGAAAGCGAAAUAAGUGGGACUUUUUCGUGUUCCUUUGUAUGGGGAUAGCUACAUCUUUUCUGGGUGCUGCCGUUGGAUUCCAGAGACUUUGGACAGAGCCCAUUAUACUCUCAUCUUCAGAAUCGUGGACACACUUCGUGCUGACAAAUCAUCCUGGUGCUGUAUUGUUCAUGUUUCUGGAUGUCUUUUUAUUAACUGGAGCUCUUAUUCUGACUGGAGCACAAGCAGUACAGAUAGCAUGGAACAUCACAACUAAUGAGCAAGCAAACAAGUCCCGCUACUCGUAUCUUCGAGGGCCUGAUGGGCGCUUCAGAAAUCCAUACAGUCGGGGUUGCCAGAGGAACUGCACUGAUUUUCUUGUCAAUGGAUACACCAAUGAUGAGGAGAUUGCAUGGCCAACCCUUCAACAAACAGUACAGAGAAGCUAGAGCUACUGAUCUAGGAAACUAAGUUCAAGUUAUACAUUACACGUUAUAUGCCAAAGAACAGCCUGAAAAAAAGCUUAUGCUUUCAUCGUAGUGCACAGAAUAUUCCAGAUUGUUCAGACAUGGAUUGACAAUGGGUGUGAAAAGGGAUCAACUUGGGUCACAUUCCGAGUCGCACCCCUUCAUACAGGUUUUUAGACAAUGCUGUUGAUCAUAGAAUUGUUUGAUUGUGUAGAUUAUUCGCAAGCGGGCGUGUGCAGUAUGUUUUCCUUUUGAUGGUCACAACUUGCUAGCAGGAGCCAUUUGUCUUUGGAGAAAUGACUCGAUGAGUGCCUAUAGAUGUCCAUGCGGCUUUUCUGAAUCUUUGUAGUGAUGAUUUGACAUGGUAGAUGUCUCAUACAUACAGUUGUCGCCAAGGGCGGUGGACAGUAAAUAAAAUGGAGUUGUUCCUAAUUAUUUUA